GUCAAAACCAUAUGAUGUUUACAAAGGCUGUUUUGUAACCUCAUAAAGGUUUAUAAGUAAAAAGUUUUAUAAAUUAAUUUUCGUAGCAGUUCACACUUAACGUAAAUAAAACAUUAAAUAGAAAUGGCGCCGAGUGCAACAAUAUUAGUACCCACUUUUAAAUCAGUUGCGAAAUUCCACCAUUUACAAAAUUUACAUCGUUGUGCAAGUAGUCUAAGUGCUGCUUUAACGAAACGAAAUGAAUUAUUUGAUGAGGAACAACGUAGGCAGAGGGAAGCUGUUGGUCGUAUUGAAAAAAUUGAAGUGCGUUACUUGGGUUUGCCGGAGGAUGCGACGUUAGUUAUGAAUCGUUCUAUAUCGACACCAUACAACUGUGCGCAGCAUUUAUCUGAAGGACAUUGUAAACGUUCAGCUUUAGCUUUAAUCGACGGGAAAGUACCAUGGGAUAUGCAUCGACCACUUAAAGAUUCAUGCACAUUGCAAUUAUUAAAUUUUAUGGUAGCAGAUCCGAUAAAUGUAAACAAAGCUUUUUGGCGUACAUGCAGCUUUAUGCUUGGUGCUGCCUUACAAAAUUGUUUUAAAGAUGCAGCCGGAUUACAAUUGCAUAGUUUUCCAGGACCAAAUGUAAAAUCUGGUAGUUUUGUACAUGAUAUUGCGUUGGGCGUUAAAGAAUGGCAACCUACAAAUGCUGAACUGCGUGCAAUUUCUUCAGAAAUGGUCAAAUUGGCAGAGAAAGAUCUUAAAAUUGAGCGUUUAGAAGUUAGCGAUGAUUUAGCAAUAGAAAUGUUUAGAGAUACACAAUAUAAAAAUGAACAGCUACCAAGUAUUUCACAACAGAACCAAGGCCGUGUGGUACUAUAUCGAAUGGGUACACAUAUUGAUAUAUCACGUGGUCCAAUGGUAGGGUCCUCACACUUUUUAGGCAAGUGUACAAUUGCAGCAGUACACAAAAUUGCUGAAGAAAGUGAUAAAGAUACGUUAUUUAGAAUACAAGGCGUUGCUCUGCCCAAAGGUUUUGCAUUAAAUCAUGUAGCAUACGGAACAUUAGAGAAGAGAGCAAAGAAAUUGAACCCAGCUCGUCUGCCAACAGAGUCAUUUGAAGAAAGUUUCAUGCAGUUGGCAUGAGAGAUGAAGUUUUCCAAUGUUUAAUAUGGAAUGUUUUUUAUAAAAAUAAAAUAAAUUUUAUGAUAUGUUAUUAUUAAGCAUAAUAUGUCUUUGAUGUCGAAAUGUUAAAAAAAUAAACAAUUGCAUAGCAAGUAUAGAUU